CUGUUCUCAGAUCUGGGGGAUGCAGCGGGUGGAUGGAGGUGGAGGAGGAGGUGAAAGACUAUAGAAGGCGGAUAACUGAAUGUCUCGGAAGGAUGCGGAUUAUUGAAGCUCUCCGGAUUGCCUGUCAACCAACAAUGGUUUUGGUCGUUUGACAUGAGAAUGUGCGGCAACAACGACCUAGGCCUGCGGUUUGUAGAUGCACUGAGCACGGAGCACGGAGCUUGACAUUAUCUGUGACACUGAGCAUUUGCCUUUCUUGACAAAUAGUGAAUUGAUUUCCAACUAUGUUACGUUGUCGAGAUGUUUUCCACACAAUUAAACGGGAAGAAAACCGGAGGACAUAAAGUGACCCUGUGAUUUGUGGUGCAACUGCCAUCAUGGUUUUAGCCGUCGUUUUAGCAUCAUUGCCAGCUGAUCUCUUCUGCCGUGCCGCUGCAGACUGGACGUCAAAGUGAGCGGAGCGUCAGAACCAAAACAUACCGAAAAUACAUCUUUAACCGAGUUUCAGCAUGGAGGGGUCGACGUUACAGCCUCGCUGUUUGACAGGUCUGUUUAUGUGGACGACUUUGUGUCUGCUCAGUCACGUUCAAUCCGUACCGGACGCCUCGGGCCUGCCUCUCGCCAUCCGCGUCCCACUGCGACAAGGCGCUCUCGCUGAGAAGCCAUCGCCGCUGCCACCUGCCGCUGCGUACCGUGAGCACGGCAACGCGGCGAAGCGCAGUGCGCGCAGGCGGAGAGGAGCGGCAGCGAGCAGCAUCACCUUCGUGGACAUGAUUGAUAACCUGCGUGGGAAGUCUGGUCAAGGAUACUACGUGGAGAUGGCUGUUGGCUCUCCUCCGCAAAAGUUGAACAUCCUGGUGGAUACAGGAAGUAGUAACUUUGCUGUGGGGGCUGCUGCUCAUCCCUUCCUGCGCAGAUACUACCAUCGUUCACUCUCCGGCUCGUACCGUGAUCAGGGCAGGAGUGUGUAUGUUCCCUACACGCAGGGUCGCUGGGAGGGGGAGCUGGGAACGGACCUGGUCUCCGUCCCCCACGGCCCCAACGCCACGCUGCGCGCCAACAUCGCUGCCAUCACCCAGUCAGAUCGCUUCUUCAUCAACGGAUCCAACUGGGAGGGAAUCCUGGGACUGGCCUACGCCGACAUAGCCCGGCCUGACGAGACAUUGCUGCCUUUCUUCGACUCUCUAGUUCGGCAGAAUCGUAUUCCCAACCUCUUCUCUCUGCAGUUGUGUGGAGCAGGCUUCUCCCAAAACGACUCCCUGGGUAGCGCUACUGUUGGUGGCAGCAUGAUCAUCGGAGUAGUGGACCCGUCCCUGUACGUGGGAGAGCUUUGGUACACUCCCAUCCGCAGGGAGUGGUACUAUGAGGUCAUCAUCGUGCGCAUUGAGGUGAACGGACAGGAUCUGAACAUGGACUGUAAAGAGUACAACUAUGAUAAGAGCAUCGUGGACAGCGGCACCACUAACCUUCGACUGCCUAGAAAAGUCUUCAAGGCUGCAGUCAAGGCUAUUGAAGCAGCUUCUUCGACCGAGCAGUUUCCCUCUGGGUUCUGGCUGGGGGAGCAGCUGGUUUGUUGGCAGGCUGGAACUACACCCUGGCACAUCUUCCCCGUCAUCUCCCUCUACCUGAUGAGUGAAAACCACAACCAGUCCUUCAGAAUCUCCAUCCUGCCGCAGCAAUACCUGCGGCCAGUGGAGGACGUGGCUUCCGCCGAGGAGGACUGUUACAAGUUUGCCGUGUCCCAGUCCAGCACUGGUACGGUGAUGGGGGCUGUCAUCAUGGAAGGCUUCUAUGUGGUGUUCGACCGAGAAAAUAAACGCAUCGGCUUUGCAGUCAGCACCUGCCAUGUGCAUGAUGAGUUUCGCACAGCCUCUGUGGAGGGCCCAUACCACGGCGUCGACCUCAAGGACUGCGGCUACAACAUCCCUCAGACGGACGAGUCCACUCUCAUGACCAUCGCCUACAUCAUGGCGGGCAUCUGCGCUCUCUUCAUGCUGCCGCUGUGUCUCAUGGUGUGCCAGUGGCGCUUCGCCCGCUGCAUCCACCCACAAGGUGACUUUGCUGACGACAUAUCGCUCCUGAAGUAAAGGGCGAGAAGAAAGACGACAAACGAAGUCGUGCAGACCUACACUUGAAACGCAGGCAAGGGUGGAUUGUGGGGUAAAAGAUGAGCGUUGUUACAGAAUGCUAAGCGUCUUUGGGUUCGAGAAAAGCGCUAUAAAAAUACAAUUUAUUAUUAUUAUUAUUAAUGCUGGUGCUGUUGAAACAGAACUUUGAAGAGGUUUUCAGGAAUCUAAUAUGUAAAGUGUAGAAAAAGGCUGACAUACAGUGAUUGCACAGUGAACAGAUCAAUUGAGGAUAACUAGAGCCAUUACUAACUGGUGGAAAAAGUUGGUGUCGUCAGCAUCAACUUUGCCUGUUUAAGCUACCUAUGCAGAAACAGCUUGGCGAAAUGUGGGUAAAACGAAAUUUAAAAAAUCCUGGUAAAAAUCUUUGUUUUAGUGUUUUAAAAAAAAGACCACAGAGAUGGAUUGGAUUUGUAAUUGUGAGGUCUCUUAACAUUUGAAGAGCUCAAAACUCGGUGAGUUUAGGUAAAAUAAAGACAAAACAGAUUGCAAACAUUGCUUAGUGAAGAAACACAUCCUGGAUAUGAAUACAAGAUUGGAAUCCAGACUUGCUUUGUUAUGGUAUGAUUUGAAAAUGUGAGUGUAUGGUUAUAUGUGUGUGUAUAGAUCUGCUAUUUGUGGCUUAUGAGUGAUUGAAAGUUGAUGCGUGAGCAUGCCUGUAUGUGUGCACGGCUGCACUGAAGGGUAUACACAAAGAUUUAUUAAAAUGAAGAUGAUACUGAAAAUUAAAAUACUACUGCGUAUGAAUAGCUUCUAUAAAAUCACACUAUUUUGCAAUUGCCAGCAAAUAAUUUUGCACUGCAAACUAAGUAAGCAUAAAGAGGUUCAGUUGAUGAAAUAUCAGAUUGUAACCGCAUUUAUUUCAUAAGAUCAGUUUUGCUUGGUGUGAAUCUGAGACUACUGACAAAAUAAGAUGUCACGUUUUCCUCCUAUAUUGAUAGUUUAAAUGUAUCUAUUGUAAAUAAAAUGUAUUGCAUUCCA